UAAAAAGUCAUGGAUUUAGAUCGCUAUAACUACCUUAAAAUGAGAGAUUUUAAAAUAGAUUAAAAUAUCUCUGAGCAUCUACUUGAGAUGUUAGAAAUGCUUAUACAUUGGAUCUUUUAGGUUUGAUAUUUAGUUAUAUAAUAGGUUGGUGAGUAAAAUAAUUUGGAAAUUAAAACAAUUGAAUUAGCUGCCAUUUUAAGUAAAUUCUAUAUGUCGAAAUAAUAAAUCUCUUCUGAAAGAGCUGAUCUUUUAGGAAUAGCUUCAUUAAUGAUUGCAGUAAAAGUAAUAAAAUAUAUAUUUUACUUUAGUUUAAUGAAUGCCAAAAUAAAACAUCGAUGAAUAUCCAAGACUGUGUGGACUAAUGCCAAUCUAAAUAUAGUUCUAUAGAAAUUAUAGAUAUGGAAAUGAAGAUUCUAUCUCUUAUUGAAUAUGACGCAAAUUUUACCACUAUAACUGAUUAUUAUGAUGAUGAAGCCGUCUAAAUUGACUUAGUUUUGUUUGUUACUCUUGAUUCUGAAUUUCUAUACUUCAGAAAAUAUGAAUUGUAUGAAGCAAUUAGAAAUUUUUACUCAAAAGAUACAUCAAACUUAUCAGAAAUUACAAAACAUGUAUAAAAAUCAAAUAGUCUUAGAUAAUCAGCAAAAUAAGUACUAAAAUUUAAUAGCUGACUACUUAAGAUGAAAAUAACACACCAAAAAUAAUAAAGAAAACAAUUAAAAAAAAGGGAUUUAGAAGAUAAAGAAUAUCGAGUUCACAAAGCAUUACACUAUGAAUAUUAUGAUUUCAAUUCUAUGAUUAUAAC